UACGCAGUCCCCUCCGAUAUCUUGAGCUGCGGCCUUGAAAGCCAAUGGACCCGCCUGUUUCGGGCCAAGAAUGAGGAUGCCGUGCGUGGAAUUGAAAAUGCGUUUCGGUGUUGCGGCUUCAACUCGCUACAUGAUCGCGCGUGGCCGUUUCCCAGUCAGGAUGUUGACGUGAGAGCCUGCGAGAGGAGCCUGGGAUAUACACGUCGAUGUGUUGACCCGUGGCGGAAUCAGGAGCAGGUCGCUGCGGGAUUAGUCGCAUUGGCCGAUUUAUUGAAUUGGAUC